UGAGCAACGAAUUUGUCCCAUCGAGAUAUCUUCAAUUUUUUACUAUUUGGAUCGAUAAAUUGGCGAUAACUUGAUCAAUACUUUUGAUAUUCAAUUUCUAAUUUGCUUCAGAAUCAGGAAUCUAUAUCUGUGAAUCAAAUUCAUCGGAAUCUUCGGACCUGGACUUCAGAUGACCUAUGAAUAAUAUUCCUGAACCGAAAAUAAAUAAUUGAACGAUAAGGCGAUAUCGUGAUCAACUUUAGAGGUAGCUCAAAAUUAAGAUCAAUGAAGUUGUAAUUUCAAAUUCGAGUGUAAUCGAAUUAUUUUCAUCAGAUAGUCACGUGUUAGAUGAUGAUUGAUAUGAACAUUUGUCUUCUUUUUCAAACGUCAGUCCUUUAUUAUAAAGAUUUCUGUCGACGAAAAUACAAAGUCAAGAAAAUCAAUUCAAUCAAUUAUGUCUUCGAUAUAAUAAGGGACUUAUAAUCAAGUGAAACGAUCGAUAUUCCCGAUUAUCUUGAGAAUCUGCACCUGCGCCUACUGGCAUAUGCGGGGUAAAUUAAACUUUGUAAUGGUAAAGUUGUAACCCCAUUGCUAUUAUUAUGAGAAAAAAACUUCUGGUCAAGUACCUGUAUUUCUGUGCGAUGUCAAUUUUCCAUCAAUCUUUUGACAGCUGUCAAGCAAAAACUGUGGAGAUAAACGCCAUCGGGUAAGCUAGUUGAAUGAUUUAAAAAAUCAUCCUCGACUCCUGGAUGAUUUUUUGAAGACUGCGUUUUCUCGUGUCUUCAAUUUGCGUUUUUUUCAUCAACUUUUUUCCCCAAGUUCUCCAGGCAAUCGUGAUACGGAUAAAGUUGGGAUAAUUAGGGAUAAUCAAGCACAGAUUAAGGAAGACGUUGUUGAUGCCAAUGUCGUCCAACGACGUCAGUUAACAAACCUCAGACAAUAUCCGGCACAACGUUCGAAACGAGAAUCUUCUGAGAUCGUUUCUACACGAUCCCAGAGACAGUCGAAUCCCUCGGGCAAAGUUACCCUUACCUCCGAUGAACGGAGAUUCAAAAAAUCCAAUCAUCCCAUGAAAGAAUUAGACUCCGGAAAAUUGAUUUCCGGCAAAAAUGAACAACAGGGGGUCAACUCCCUCGAUGGGAAAGUAGUGGACGUAAUCGAAAAUCGUGAAACACAAGGUAAACGAGAACUCCGGAAACAGCGAAACUCUGGUAUAAAAUUAUCGGCGGAUGAUCGGAAGGAGGUGAAGAGAUACGAGAAGUCAAUUUCGAGGUCGAACAGGCCAAAGUCCGGAGCGGUCGUGGACAGCGUUGAGGAGGAAGACAAGGCCGAAAAAUCAGACGAGAUCGGUGAAGAGGGUGAAGACGAAGGCGAGGAACUCGAUGUCGAUGAAAAAUCUGGCGAGAAUGAGGAAAAUUCCUACGAAGACGACGAAGAUCCGGAAUCGGAAUUGGCUAAAAACGACGACGAAGAAUCGAACGCGGGGUUGGAAGAUGCGGAAGAAGAAGCUGGAAAGCAGGAGAUGGUCAAAAGGGAGAUCGGCGAACUCGCGGAGGAGGAAUACGACGACCUUGACGAAUCGGAAGGCGCGUGCGAAGACGCGAAUUUCAACGAUGACCCCAAACAACGAGGACAAAGAGAAAAGGACGAUGGAAGAUUCAAAAGAAACGAUUCCGAAGCCACCGAAAAUCAUGCUCAGAAAAAUGACGCUGAAGAUUCGAAAAAACAGCUGCACGAUGACCCGGAAAAUCUCGAAGAAGGGGCGAGAGAAGAAGCACCGCGAUCCGGCCAGUCCGAUCCUGAAAUUUCUUCUAAAAUUGAAACCGAGGCGAAAAAUACCGACGAGUUAGAAUCUGAGGAAAAUCCGAAGCGGGCAACUGACUCCGAUCAGAAAUCGGAUUUGAAAAGUGCCGAGUUUGACGCAGAUUACGAAAGAUCAUUGGAAGAGCAAAUACAGCGGAGAAUAGAUUCGAUAAAAGAGGAGAUAAAGCGAGAGGUGGAGGAAAAGCAGAAGGUGGAAGACAUCGAGUUGAACAACGCCAAGUACGACGAGAUUCAAAACGAAACCGACGAAGACCAAGAAGAAAAUAGCGACGCGGGGAAGAAUUCGAACGUCUCGAAUACCGAGUCAAAACCGAUUGCCUCGAAACGUUCGAUAGCCGAGCCUCAGAUAAAAUCCGGAGGUCGCGUACUGAGGAGGGUCAAACGUUCCGAAUCAUCAUCGAACGCCGAUCGGCUCAGAGCCAUCGAAGGGGUCGACAAACUGUCCCCGGAUGUCCUGAAAAAUGCUCAACUGCGCCACGAAAGCAUCCGGAAAAGAUCGGCCCCGGUUUACGGGGCGGCUGACAGGGACCUCCCCGAGAUUUCGGGGGCCCAAAAUUUGAUGAAAAGGUCAUCGAACGCCCCUCGGAGAGCCUACGUCGUCCGCAACGAGCGCAAAAGAUCAUCGGGUACGAUGAAACGCGAGGUGAACAAAAACCCCAUGAUAAUACCGGAGCAGGCCCACGUCGACAUCCAAGAUGAUUUUCCGGCCGGCUUGUCCGUCGAUCCGGAUCUGCUGAGGGGAGCAAAGGUAAAAAAUCGUUACAGAAGAACGCCGGAAAUUUCUAGAACUUAUGGAGCACGUCGUGCGAGGAGAUCGUCCGCCGUGAUUCCCGAAGCUAACGUCGCUUUCGUCGACCCCGCGGGAUACCGACCCCAAGACGAAGACGAAAACGACGAAGGAAACGAAUUCGACGACGACGGUUUUGAGGACAGAACUUCGAAUUUGGAUCAGGAGAAAGCCUCGAGCUUUGAAUAUCCUUCGAAUUAUUUAUUCGCGGACGCGAACGUGGACGACAGAAACUCGUAUAAUCUGGUGCGUCGUAAGCGUGCAGGAAUCGAAGAAAUCGCUAAUUUUAGGGGUGGUGGGGGAGCGUUAUCGGCCAGACGUCAAACGAAAGCGAGAGCUAAUCAGCUGAUGCAAGACGCCCCGGUAAUGAAUUAAAUUAGAUUAAAUUAGAUGAAUAAACGGUUGCCAAAAUCCGUACAACCCUUCGAAAUUAAUCAUCAUCUACCACGAAGAUCCCUCGAGUUUCGUGGAGUCGAUUAAUUUUACUUUUCGAUAGAAUGCAACUGAAAAACAUGCAUUUCAAAUCGCCUUCUGAGAUAACCCUGUAUAAUGUAUACCGGUAGAUCGUAUCGCGGCGGAAUGUGAGGAUGAAAAAAUCGAUCAAAAAUAAUCGGAGGGCUUCUUCGAUGAUCGGCAAAAAGAAUUCCGAUUCCUUCGCAUCCUUCGCCGAUAGUUCCCAAGAAUUAAGUCCUCGACUCGAAACGGAAUACAGAGAGGCAUUCGGUGGCUUUCAAAAUGGCCCCAGAGGUGCCCUCGCAAGAUUUAAAAGAGUCAAACGCGACCUACAUGCCUGAUAAGUUUAGAAUUUUUACACUCAUUUCAAACGCAGAAUAGUUUCUAAAAUAUAUACCUAGGUAUAUACCUACGUAUCUGUAUUCCGUACAUACAAAUAUUUCUCUAUUAUAUACCUAGAUACUAGAGACAAAAUAUAUAUAUUAUCUAGGACCAUGUAAGUCGUGUAAUUAUGUAUUUAUUAUAAUAUUUAUUUUCAAUAUAAUGAAAAAUUAAAAACAAUUUUACAAUU